AUGUCUUCAGUGUGGGAAAGGAAGCAGCCAUCUGAGAAGGCGACUCGAGCACGAAAGGGAAGGCGUCCGGAAGAUCACGGAGAGGAUCGGAGCUAUCAGAGUUGUCACAAGGCCGCAGGAACGGGGGUACGGGAACAGAAAGACCAGUGUGCCCGUGUGUUUUCGGGGAGGGAGAGCGAGGCCUACCCUCCAGGCAAAGGGUCGGGGUCUCCUUCCUGUCGGACCCUUACCUUGUCCCAGGCGCGGCCGGGGCCUGGGCCCGGGCUGCGGCGCACGGCACUCCCGGGAGGCAGCAAGACUCGAGUUAGGCCCAACGCGGCGCCACGGCGUUUCCUGGCCGGGAAUGGCCCGAACCCGUGUGGUGGGGGUGGGGGACAGAAAGGCGGAGCAAGCCGAAGGCGGGGAGGGGGAAGGGCCAGGGAGGGAGGGGGCCGGCGCUACUGUGUUGGCGGACUGGCGGGACUGGGGCUGCGUGAGUCUCUGAGCGCAGGCGGGCGGCGGCCGCCCCUCCCCCGGCAGCGGCGGCGGCGGCGGCGGCAGUGGCGGCAGCAGCUCACUCACCCCGCUGCCGGAGCGGAAACGCCACUGACCGCACGGGGAUUCCCAGCGCCGGCGCCAGGGGCACCCGGGACACGCCCCCUUCCGCCGCGCGAUUGGCCUCUCUGCCCAUCGCCCCGCACCCAUUGGCCCGCUCGCCGCCAAUCAGCGGAAGCCGCCGGGGCCGCCUGGAGAAGAGGCUGUGUUCUGGGGCUGCGGCUCCUCAGAGAGCCUCGGCUAGAAUCAUCAGUAGUGAAAAGAAUCCUUUGGAAUUUCUUUGGGGCCCAACCUGAGAAAGACCUUCCCAAUACACAUGAUGCCCUCUGUAAACAACAGGAAUCCAUGCUGCCCUCAGCAAACAGAACUGAUGGCCAUAAAGAAAUUUAGGACUGAACCUGCGGUCUCCUGACACCAGAAGACCCAGCUUUAUAUGCACACCUGUGCGGAUUGUCCUUGCCACAUUCUCAAACAUUCCAUUCAGAUUCCAUGGGAUGACCCAUGGAAUGGGGACAACCCCAACCCCAACCCCAAUAUACACUUAGCCUCCCUCCAGAUAUUUGUUGAUAUCACUCCAAUUUCAGCCUGCCUGUACCUAGAUGAUAUUAAAUCUAGUCUUUCCCAGUUUCCAUCUCCGGGUGGUUCCUCACAUGUCAUUAAUGAACAAAAAUUUGGUCAGAAUCCAGCCAGUGUUAGGUGAUGGUGGGAACCACCAUCAAGCAUGGCUUUUGGGGAACAGGAGUUCUAAGCAGAAUUCUGUAAAAAUGAGGAGUUACAUACUUUUUUGGUAUUUUGUUUUUUGAGACAAGAUCUCACUGUGUAUCCCUG